GCGCGACAGAGCGGAGGUGACAGCGGAGAAUGGAGAGGAGAGCGUCCGCCCGGCGAGCUUUGACCGCGGCGAGCCAGGAGAAGCCACUCGGUCCUUCCCUUCUGGAGCCUGCGUGCUGAAAGAAACCGGGAGGAAUUUUAACUAGGGGGGAAAAGGAAAGGAAUGGCUGAUCCUCUGCGGAGGACUUUACUAGCGAAACUCCGGGGGAAGAAAUCCAAGAAAGGAGCGACGGUCGGCGGUGGAUACGGCUUUGCUGCUGCUGCGGCGAAUGGGGGACGAGAAGCUUUCAUUGAGAAUGUCCCAACCCCCUGUGCUAAUGGCCGAGAGGUGGCCAGGCCCAACGAGCCUUCGUCGUGGAGGCCUCAGCUCACCACCAUCACUGUCUCCAAGAAGCGCAACUGGCUGCAGCAGAGCUCCCUUGCGAAGAAUCACUGCGCCAAGGAUGAGCUGCAGGGAGCUGAGGAGGACUCCCAUCAGCCACCUCCUCCCAGUCCCUCCCCAGACCACCUGAGACCCUCAGGGGGAGCUACGCCACGUCCGGUCCGCCUGCAGCUGCCUCAGGCCGGCGUUGGUCAGGUGAAAGUGUCCCCCCACCCUCGGAGCGUGGACCCAGCUGAGGAGAACGAUGCAGACGAUGAAGGAGAGAUCUGGUACAACCCGAUCCCCGAGGAUGACGAACCAGAGGUUUCUCACCGACCCUCCGUUCGGCUGCUGGUCCCCUCUCGAGCAGACCCUCAGAGGAGGCCCAGCGGGGGAGGGGAUGCGGGUCAUGGUGGGAGAACCACGGAGGGAUCGAGCGGUGCUGGCUCAGAGGCGCUCGUGGAAAGCCUCGGUGGCGGCUCAGGAGAUGUGAGUCAAGGGAAUGCUGUACAUUCCACAGAGGCACCACAUCUGCACAGACAGAUGCUCGCGUGCAAACCUCAGGAGGAGGGGGGGCCUUCUACCAGCAGACCAACAGAUGUUCUUGACCUGCCCAAUGCCGUUGGCUUCUCACCUCCCUCCAGCCCAAACCCGGCCAAGAAGAGCAGCUCUAUCAACUGGUCCUUCCCAGACAAGAUAAAGUCCCCGCGUACCGUCAGGAAGAUCUCCAUGAAGAUGAAGAAGCUCCCAGAGCUCAGCCGGAAACUCAGCGUCAAGGGGACCCAGAGCAGCAGUAACAGCAGCAAUGGAGGCGGUCAGUUAGAGCCCAGGGCCCAUUCCCCCCGAAACAACAGCAGUGGAUCCGAAGCUGUCCCCCAGACUUCAGGCCCUCCUCGAUUAGCUGCGUCUGGAGGCGGGCAGGCGAGCCGUAAUGUGAUCUCACGCUACCACCUGGACAGCAGCGUGUCCACACAGCACAGCUUUAGUAAGAAGAAAAGUAACGGCAGCUCAAAGUCUGCCAGUAAAGGUGGCUACCUCAGUGACGGUGACUCACCAGAGCUGGUGGCCAAAUCUGGCAAACAUGGCUCGGCAGAGGGGAAGGCAGGGAAAGGCAAAGAGACAGAGGGAGGAAGUGGAAGCUCCAGACUCAAUGGCACAGAGCUGGACAUAGACGCUUUCCGCCAUUACAGCUUCACAGAGCAGCCCAAGUGCAGCCAGUACAUCUCUGGACUGAUGAGCUUGCAUUUUUAUGGUGCUGAGGACCUCAAACCUCCACGCAUUGACUCUCGAGACGUCUAUUGUGCCAUCCAGGUGGACUCGGUUAACAAAGCGCGAACCGCUCUGCUCACCUGUCGAACGACCUUCCUAGACAUGGACCACACCUUCAACAUCGAGCUGGAGAACGCCCAGCACCUGAAGCUGGUGGUGUUCAGCUGGGAGCCCACGCCGAGACGCAACCGCGUCUGCUGCCAUGGCACGGUGGUGCUGCCCGCGCUCUUCAGGGUGACCCGCUCCCACCAGCUGGCGGUAAAGCUGGAGCCACGAGGGCUGAUCUACGUGAAGCUGAGCCUGAUGGAGCAGUGGCAGAACUCGCUGGACGGCGGGCCAGAGGGGGACAGGGAGCCGCAGGUGUUCGGCGUGGAGGCGUGGCGGGUGGUGGAGAGGGAGAACUCAGGACUGAUGGUGCCGCUGCUUAUAAGCAAGUGCAUCAAUGAGAUUGAGAAGAGAGGCUGCCAGGUGGUGGGUUUGUACCGUCUGUGUGGUUCUGCGGCAGUGAAGAAGGAGCUGCGUGAGGCUUUUGAGAGAGACAGCCACGCCGUGGAGCUGUGUGAAAACACCUAUCCUGACAUCAACGUCAUCACAGGAGUACUGAAGGACUAUCUGCGUGAGCUGCCCUACCCGCUGAUCAACAAGCAGCUGUACGAGGCGGUGUUGGAGUCCAUGGCCAUGAGGCCUCUGCGGAUGGGAGCAGCAGGUUGCGAGAACGAUCAGAGCGACUCGGAGCACACAGUCGGCCUGCUGGAAAACCUGCCGGAGGUGGAGAGGAUGACACUGCGGAUCCUUCUUGACCACCUGAAGCUGGUGGCGUCCUACCAGGAAGUGAACAAGAUGACGUGUCAGAACCUGGCGGUGUGUUUCGGCCCGGUGCUGCUCAGCCAGCGUCAGGAGGCGUCCUGCCACACCAACCGAGUCUUCAUCGACUCCGAGGAGCUGGCGAGCGCGCUGCACUUCAAAAAACACAUUGAAGUCCUGCACUACCUGCUGCAGCUCUGGCCAGUCGUGGACCCACAUGGCCAGUCCUCUUCCCAGCCCUCUGCAGCCUCUCUGGUUCCGACCUCAUCCGACCUCCUGUCAGCUCCCCCUCUACGGCGGAGAAAAGAGCGCCCUCAGGUGCUGAACCUCACUGAUGCAGAGAUGGCGGGUGUUCUGCGGCCCAAACCGGGCCGUCUGGACAGCCCCAGCAACCGCUACGCCGGCGACUGGAGCGACUGUGGCGAGAGCUACUUCCCCUCGGAGAUGCUGCUGCCUCCUAGCAAAGAAGAGGCGGACUACGAUGACGUGCCCUCGGAGGACACAGAGGCAGCUGAGGAGGUCCAGGAGAAGCAGGAGGACGCAGAGGAAGAGCAGAAGGUCACCGGUCCUGCGUCUGAUCCCGCUGAGCAGGAACAAUCUCAGAGAGAGGAGGUGGUGAAGGAGGAGGAGAAGGUAGAAGAAGAGGAGGAGGAGGAGAAGCAAGGAGAGAGUGACAGUUCAACCAAUGGGCAGCCAUUAGAGGAAGAGGAAGAGGAGGAGGAAGAAGAGGAGGAGGAGGAAGAGAGGGUGUGUGACCACAUCCUACCUCCCCGGCUGCCCAAAGAGCACACCUACCAGGCGUACAUGAAGAUCCAGGACAUCAGCCCCGUGCUGAGCAACAGGGUGAACCUGAGAGACCUGCAGGAGAGCAUCGACACUCUGAUAGGAAACCUGGAGAGGGAGCUCAACAAGAACAAGCUCAAUGUCGGAUACUGACUCCCACCGCGGUCGCACGCACACAUCCACUCGCACACUCAUGAGGCCUGAUGAGGUUUGGGGCAGACCUUCUUUACCGAUCAAGGUGCUUCAGGAUACAGCCACAGCGUUUCCAUGGAGAUCCUGUGACGUCACCAUGGCAGUGAAAGGCGGUGCUGCUGUACAAACCUAAAGGAUGAGAUGAGAAGAAAUGUAACAGGGCACUUCUGGCAUUUGUACCUUACCCACAGACAUUCCGUAAUGUUUUAAUUUUCCUUUUAUUUUGUCAGCUGUCUUACUUUAUGUUGUUGUUGUUGUCGGUUUGUUUUGGUCCAGUUCUGUGUUCCAUGUUGUUAUUGUUGCUUCUCUUCUUAUUAGAAGAACCCAUUGACCCCUCAGGGGUUUAAAAGGUGCCUUAAUUGUGUGAAGGUGGUACGUCAAGAAGAAAAUCCACCCUGAAAUAAAAUGCAUCACCUUCUACGAGCUUGGCAUUGUGCUACAACCAACUAAAUAACAUGCAUGAUGUUAUUAAGAGUCGCUUCCACAGAGAGCAAGAGUAGAGUCUCAGCAGGUACGAAUCCACUCUGGAUACUAUGAGGCUCUAGGAAGUGGUGAAACAAAGUUUUUAAGUGACCGUUGUCCUACUAAAACCUCUCAGUGCUCUCAGAGUUUCCCAAGAAGCAUUUUCUUGGAAGGCUUCUUAAGCAGCAUUUAGACAUGGGACACUUCCACACCUCCAGAAAAUCUGGGACUCAUUUGGGCUUUUCAAAUAAAAAACUCUUCCAACAAAAAUAAUUAAUUAGGUAAUUAAAUUAAUCAAAAAGGCGCAAAGAAAACACAACCAUCCUGCCAUUUUUGUCCAAAAGAUGAAUCUCUAAUGCUGAACAGGAAAACGUGGAAUUCCAGAGCUGCUAUUUUCUACAGUUUGGUUUUUAAGCACGUAAACAAAGUAAAGUAAAACAAACCAAGAUCGUAGGAGGAAAACGUGUACAUUCUGUCUCAGGGUGGAUUUCCUUUUAAAGGCAGCAGAGAGCUUUUCUAUUGAGGUAUAAAACACUAAAUGUUGUACAACAAUAAUGCACUUAAUAGGCAGGCAGUAGUGUAGAUGGUCAUUAUAGUUCAUGCAGUAAAAGUUACUCCAGCUGUGGUCUGAAUUAAAGGAGAGACAGCCACCACUGAAACCUCCUCUUAAAGAUGAAUACGAAAAAAACAUGAAGAGCAAAGUUUUUCAGGGGCACGAUGUACAGAAAAACACUCCCACCAGCUGUGUCCCAUUUCAGGAGCUGCAUCCUUCAAAGUAUAUGGCCUCCAAAGAUUUCACCUUUAAAGUAUGAGAACGUGGAACUAAACGUUUUUAAAUGUCUGACCUACAGAGGACCUUCUUGUUUGGAGGAUACAUGCGCACCAGGUUGUGUCUACAUAUUUCAAUCCACACUGUUCCACUUGUAGAAGAGAUGCUGAAAUUGACAUCAUGUGGACUAGUGUGUCCUUGUGUACCGGAGAGGUCAAUCUUACCCUUAUGUCUCGGGGUGUUCCUCCUGUUGCCUCGCAGCCUUGAUGGCUGACAGUUGGGACGAAAGCCAAGACUUUAUUCGCCUCAUUAGCCGAAAAUUUUGAUGACCCAAUAACUACAUUUAAAAGUGUAAAGCCGCCAAAAUCCCACUUGCACAGUCCACCGUUACAUGAACAUUGUGAAUGUUGGGAUACAUUGGGCCAUUAGGUAUCUACUCGUCAAAUCUUUUGCGGUCCUGUAAAAGAAGGCGUUGGAAGGAGCAUUUGAAAUGGGACUGCCUUCGCUGUCAGUCCUCAAAUGCAUCCUCAGAAGGAUGCAGAGCCUGGAUUGGGACACAGAACUUUUCAGAGAUGGGUACGAGUCAUUUCACAGAAAACGCACAGCUAAAAUGCAUUCAGUUUUUUUAAACAGGCAACUAUAUAAAGAGAGAAAAUGUGUUUCAUGUGGCAUCAUAAUUUUGUGAAAGUCACUAUUUGCUUUCUUGCCUAGAGUUAGAUGAGAAAAUUGACACCAGCCUUGUGUCUGCAGCAGAAAUAAAAGCGAGAGUCAGAAGGUGUUCAGCUUGGCUUAUUUUCAUUUAGCUUAGCUUAGCUUAGUGCAAAGACCUGAAUCGGGGGAAACAGCUAGCCUUGCUUUGUCCAAAGUAAAAAAAAAAAAAAAUCCCCAUUAUAAGUUACUAGCACCUCUAAACAUCAAUAAUUAACAUAAUGUAUUUUGUUUGUGUAAUUUGUACAGAAACAGGAAUGUAAAAACGUAAACUUUCACUGUACGAGCUGUUGAUGCUCUGCUACGAUAAGCUAAUGUGACUGUGGCAUCAAUGUUCUCGUGUGACCUCUCCGCAAGAUAGCAAACUAAACUUGUUUUUUUUUAUUCUAUAAAUUCAACAAAACCUUUCUGCUUCUCCCAGCUUUUGUCAAAACAGUGAAUCAGACAAUGUGAAGCACAAUUUUCAGAGCAGCAGUGGAAAACUUAGUGGAGGCCUCACAGUUAGUACGACUUAGCUAGCUGCCUAAAGCGACAAAGGACGUUUUCAGCAAUCCAGGGAUUCAGAAUGAUCAGUAUUUAACCUAUAUGUAUAUGUAUAUAAUUAUAUAAAUGUAUUCGGAGUAUAUUAUUUUUACAGCUUAUAUUUCAAUGCCGUAUUUAAAUACUUCCGAUGACCUUGUAGUGUUGACUUGUAGCAAUAGUGGCUUUUCUCCCUUCAAGCUACCUGUACACAUCUUAAUGUGCUGGACUAAUGGUACAACUUUAGCUGUAAAAUAUAUGAUAAAAUCGUGCUCUUGCAGAAAAAGUGAUAUUGUUAUUUUUGUGACAUUGUGUAUAUAUUUGACAUUGUUUUGUGUCUCUGGUGGACUAAGCUGUGUUCAUGAUUUUUGGUGUUGUUUUUUGUUUGUUUGUUCUGUUUUUUAAGGUACUGAACGUUGCAUGGUCAAAAGCUUUACUGACAUUAACAAGGCUCUGUCUCAUCUGCCUUUGUAUUUCAUAUUUAUGUAUAAAAUAAGACUUAUUUUGUAAUGUAUGCUCAUUCGUUCGACCCCCCUUUUCCUUCGAUAGACAGAUGACUGCAUUGUUCAAGGUUUUCUCCAAAGGACUCAGAGGCAGAUGGUGUGUACAAUGUCUUGUGCAGGUGGCGUCUUUAAAUUGCUUGAUUUGUCCAAGUGACGGUCCAUAAGUCAGAUUUUGUUUAUUGUCGAAAUUUCUGCAAAUCUUCUCAUUGAUUCAGCUGUAAAAUAGUCCCCAUAAACCUAGAACAUGGUUAUAAAUUUGUUUCAGCUUUCAAAACUGGCAUCCUAAAUGAGCAUGUAUAGUCCAACAGUAAACCGGACAAUUUAGCUGAUUGUAAUAUUUGCAAAAUAGCUUUAAAUUAAAUAUUAUACUAGAGUAUUCCUUUUCCUGUAAAAAAAGCAAGAGGCACUGAAUGAAAAUACAAAAUAAAAAGGAAGAAGAAUGACCUGCUAAGAUGGUUUCCUUCAUAUAUUUUUCAUGUUAUUUCUCACGGUUGCUCCGCUCGCCGCCCUCCUACGUGGACUUGAUGCACGACCCUGCUGCUUCGCGGUGAAGCUGCAGCUGCUGCUGGGCCGAUCUGCUGUAAGUGAGUUUCAGCAGGGCUCCUUUCGAACCAUCUGUCUGCCCAGGCAACAUAAAAAGAACCAGGUCCUCAUUUAUGAAAGCUAUCAGCUAUAGAUAAUUUUUAUUACCUGAAGAUUGCCCGUUAAAUCCGAGGUGUAUUCCUGCCUACAAUUUGCCUUCGAGGUGUUUCGAGAGACGCUCAAACAUCACCCUAAAUACAGAGUGUGUUUAUGUGUUCUUUGACUCUUUACAUUUGAGCUUUUUACACAUACUUCUAAACAAAAAUGUAAACACUAAUAAUAUACAUCUGUAUUCAGCGGCUGCAUCCUGCAGGGACUGAGCCACAUUAAAUAUAACUCCUGACUGGUUUCUUCCCUGUUUAAUCAUCUUUUCAUUUCCCCUCCUCUCUGUCACAGAAUGCAUCAGCAAACAUCUUUUCAAUAUUAGAUAAUAUGAGUUAUUUCUGUCUUGUCCUCUUUGUCCUUUGGGGGAAAAAGUGCCACAUCGAAAGCAUUGCUAAACAAAACAGAGAAGUGCUUUGUAUUGAUCCUGAGAAAUGUAUGGUCAUAAUAAAGUAUAUUAUUUUACAUUCA